AUGCCCAUGCGCACUGAGCCAGACAAUCUUCCCCCAAUAUCGUUUAUGGAAGGCACGGUGGCAUUUCCCAACACUAGCAUCCGACAGACUGUCAAACUCACUUUGGGUACCAAGCAAUUCUUCCGUGUCAGGUUGUCCAACGCCUUUGGUAUCGAUGACUUGAACAUCAGACAAGCGACCGUUGCCCUGUCACUCAACAACGUGUCGGGAACAGUGGAGGCAGAUCCGAAAACAAUGCGAGACAUCACUUUCGAUAAUGGGUUGAGCGAGACCAUCAUCCCGGGCGGGGCGCAGGCUGUGUCCGAUCCAAUCGAUCUCGGAUGCGCCGUACCACGUAACUCGAUCAUCACCAUCAGCCUCUAUCUCGAGGCGGGACAAGAUGGACAAAGCGGAGUCACGUCUCAUCCGGGGAGUCGUACAACCUCAUUCUGCUGCCGUGGUAAUCACGUGGCGGACUCAAAUUGGGUCGAUCUUCCAGCAGAGAGGGUGGAACAUUGGUAUUUUAUCUCCGCGAUUGAGGUACUAGCUCCUCGAGAGGCAUGUGUAUUCGCUAUUAUCGGUGACAGCAUUACCGACGGACGGUGCAGCACGACCAACGGAAAUGAUAGAUGGCCCGAUCGACUUUUUGAACGGUUCGAGUCAAAUCCUGCAACUUCGAACAUGUCGAUAGUCAAUCAAGCAGCCGGAGGCAAUCGUAUACUCGCAGACGGACUAGGUCCGAACGUCCUGAGUCGGCUGGACCGUGACAUUCUCUCUCUUUCGGGUCUUCGAUACGUUCUCAUUUUCGAGGGUGUCAAUGACAUUGGCACAGCCGAAGCCAAUGAAAGCUCGCAGGCGACCGUGGUCAAGAGAAUCAUUGCCGGAUACCGGCAAAUUGCAACGAGGGUGCAUGCCCGCGGAAUCCCCAUCUUUGCCGCCACCAUCACUCCGUUUGGUAGAAGAACAGAGGAUUCAGAUCUUGAUGCCAAACUCAUGGGUCUGUCAGGCUAUUCAGAUCCGAUUCGAGAUCAGACAAGGCGUCAAUUGAACGACUGGAUACGAAGCAGCGGCGUUUUUGACGCUGUGGUUGACUUCGAUGAAGUUUUGCGAGACAGCGACCAUGCUGAGAUGUUGAAACCGCAGUAUGACUCCGGCGAUCGAUUACACCCGAAUACGGAGGCGUUUCAGGCAUUAGCAGAUGCAUUUCCUGUGGACCUCUUUGCCAAAUUUCAGGACCGUUGA